AACGGAAAGCAGCAGAAGAGAGCAGUACUGCCUUGUAACGUCAAGUGUGCCAAGUGAGCAGGACGCUAAUAAGUCAGUCUUAUUAUUUGUUAUCCAGUUUAUAAUAUUUACGGCGCAUAAAAUACAUAUUUGAUUCAUUAUUUAAGGAUAAAGUGGUCUCGAUGCGCUAGAAGCACUGUGCCGCUUCUCGUGCUAUCUUUGCUUGUUAGUUAGCUUAGCUCGCUAGUUAGCUUAGCUUGUUAGCUGCUAACAGAAGACACAGAAGUUAUCAACACAUCGCUAAGUAGAGAUCAAGUGUGAGAGUAAAGUGUUGUGAUUGUGUGAAAAUGUGCCACAGAAGGAUAGCAAAGUAUGAGGAGGAACUUUGUCCAACAAAAGAGGAGAAGGAGCGACAACAUCAACUACUGGACGCUGUUUUCAAGAAACAUCAAGUUGUGUUACACAGAACGGAUGUCUGUGAAGAACAAGUUCUGCCUGAAAAACAGGAGUGUGGCUUCAGGAUGGUGAAGGAGGAUCCAUCGAAGAGGAAGACCAGGCUCCACGGACCCUCUGGCGUCUCCUUUUCCUCUUUGACACAGACACCUCCCUGUAAAAAGGAAGAGGAAGACUCACUGACGCCCCACAUUAAAGAGGAAGAGGAGGAACACAACAUCAGUCCGGAGGGAGAUCAUCUUGAAGGACUGGAGGAGUUCCCAGUGACUGGUGUCCCUGUGAAGAGUGAAGAUGAUGAGGUGAAAGGUGAAAGUGAGGAGAGGGGAGGGGGGGAGCCUCCAAGCAGCAGCUCAACACAACACAUGACAACAGAAGCUGAUGGAGACCACUGUGGAGGAUCACAAGCAGACAAGCUCUUAGCUCCACUAUCAGAUAGUGAGGACACAACGUCACACUCUCCUGACACUGAUGAUGAAGACUCUAAAGAUGAUAAGACAUGUCACACUGACAACACUCACUUCACAUGUUCUACCUGUCACAAAACCUUUAAAUACCGUCGUAAUCUGAAAAGACACAUGAGAAUACACACUGGAGAAAAACCUUAUGUCUGUUCAAUCUGUGGUAAAGGUUUUGUUGAAAAGCAGAGUUUGAAAAAACACACAAUAUUACACACUGGUGAAAACCCUUUUAUCUGUUCAAUCUGUGGUAAAGGUUUUGUCGAAACUCACAAAUUGAAAGAACACAUGAGAACACACACCGGUGAAAAACCUUUUUCUUGUUCAAUCUGUGGCUUAUCUUUUUCAAGGAAGCAACAUUUGAAAGUACACAUGAGAACGCACACUGGCAAAAAACAUUUUUCCUGUUCAGUCUGUGGUAAAGGUUUUACAAAUGGUCACAAUUUGAAAGUACACAUGACAACGCACACUGGAGAAAAAUCUUUUAUCUGUUCAAUCUGUAGUAGAGGUUUUGUUCUAAGUAAAUAUUUGAAAGUACACAUGAGAAUGCACACUGGAGAAAAACCUUUUUCUUGUUCAAUCUGUAGCUUAUCUUUUUCAAGGAAGGAACAUUUGAAAGUACACAUGAGAACACACACUGGCAAAAAACCUUUUUCCUGUUCAACCUGUGGUAAAGGUUUUACACAAAGUCAGAGUUUGAAAAUACACAAGAGAACACACAUUGGAGAAAAACCUUUUUCUUGUUCAAUCUGCGGUAAAGGUUUUACACAAAGUCAGAGUUUGAAAGAACACAUGAAAAUACACAGUGUAGAAAAACCUUUUUCUUGUUCAAUUUGUUGUAAAGAUUUUUUAAAUCGACAGUCUGUAAAAGUACACAUGAGAACACACACUGGCGAAAAACCUUUUUCCUGUUCAACCUGUGGUAAAGGUUUUACACAAAGUCAGUGUUUGAAAAGACACACUAGAACACACACUGGUGAAAAAUCACAUUCCUGUUCAAUCUGCAACAGAAGCUUUUGUGACUGAUCAACCCUUGUAGCACACAUGAGAAGACACGCAGGAGAGAAAGUGUUGAGUUGCAGUGUGUGUGGUGAAAGAUUGUCUUCUAAGUAGCAGUGUAAGAAACACAAGUGUGCUGGUGAGAACAGCAGCAGCAAAUGAAACUGCAGGAUUUGAAAUAAACUGUCCAGACUUUCAUUUUGACUUUCUAACAACAUCAGCACAACAUCAAUCAAGUACAUGCAUUAAUGUACUUUUAUUAAAUAUUGAACAAAAUAAUUUGACCGAAAAGGUGAGUGUAAACAGUACAAGACAUAUUUUACAUACAAAAAACAUUUUAUUUGUAUAUAUAUGCAUAAUACAAUUUUAAACUUAUUCAUAAUAGUUUUUUAUAGGCGUUUGAAAUAUUGAAGAAUUACAUUUUUUUUUAUUUGUAAUUGUUAAUAAUCCCAUAGAUUAUCACCUUUAUAUGAUAUACAUAUGUACUGGUUCACAUCUGAAACAUCUUCUGGACCACUUCAGGAAGCAUAUUAUUAUUUACUUUAUACAUCAUUUAAACAGUUGUCUUUUAUACAAUUUUAAAAUGUGUGUCUUUUUGAAUCAUUUGUUGGGUCUCUAUAAUCCAUUUUAUUAAUGAUCUUUAUUACUCUGCUUCACGGUGGCAGAGGGGUUAGUGCGUCUGCCUCACAAUACCAAGUUCCUGCAGUCCUGGGUUCAAAUCCAGGCUUGGGAUCUUUCUGUGUGGAGUUUGCAUGUUCUCCCCGUGAAUGCGUGGGUUCCCUCCGGGUACUCCGGCUUCCUCCCACCUCCAAAGACAUGCACCUGGGGAUAGGUUGAUUGGCAACACUAAAUGGUCCCUAGUGUGUGAAUGUGAGUGUGAAUGUUGUCUGUCCAUCUGUGUUGGCCCUGCGAUGAGGUGGCGACUUGUCCAGGGUGUACCCCGCCUUCCGCCCGAUUGUAGCUGAGAUAGGCGCCAGCGCCCCCCGCAGCCCCGAAAGGGAAUAAGCGGUAGAAAAUGGAUGGAUGGAAUUACUCUCUUUUGUAAUAUGAUGAUUGUGUUGUGAUUAUUUUAAAUGUAUGUCCCCAGACCUUUAUGCAAUAAAAAGUGAGAGAAAAUGGCUGAAUUGUUUGUGGAAGGAUGGUUUUGUUUUUACAAACUUACAUUUGUGGAUAAGACAAAAACUCCUAUUAUUGUGUUUUAAACAUUUUUAUGGUUGUUUUUCUUUUUAACAUCCCCAAAACAAUAUCAAUAUCAAUCAAAGUUUGUCUUUUUAGGCAAAAGCCAAUAUUGUACAUCAUCCUACAUAGAUUUACUUUGCAUACAUUCAUAAAAUAAACAGUUUAUUUUGUUUCCCUAUCACAGAACGAACAAGUGUUGUCUUCAAUUGCAAUUCAAUAUCCUAAAAAUGAUUUUAAGUGGUCAAUUCCGGGGUUGUUUUUUUUCCAAAAUGAACCCCUUUGCCUUUGGAAGAAUGGAAACUUUCAAGUUCUAUUUUUUUUUAAUAUACUAUUGAAGAAAUAGUAAAUAAUUACAAAAGAUGGUAUGCUGUAUUUAGAAUGUUUUUUACAAAAGCAUUUUAUUUUUAGUAAUUAUUUUUAUUUGCAGGAUGUCGUCAAUGAAAUCUUCAAUUCAUAAAAUACUUUUCUCACUCAAUAAGUGCAUAAGCGACCAAAUGCCUUUUUCAAACCAUUGCUGUACAAAGAUGGAUUUGUUUCUCAUUUUAAUAUAAGAACAAUUCCAUAGUGGAGUAUUGUGUGUGAUGAAGUUGUGUUUGUAAAUUAGUUUCCAGUACAACAACACUACUCUAGCCUUGACUGGAGGGCAAAGCAGGUCUAAAUAGCAACCGGCUGAUUGACAGUCCAGGUGUGGCCAGGUGCCAAUCAGCCGCAUCUGAGGGGAAACAGCUCUCAGAGAGACAAGCAGGAAACCGAACCAAAAUAAGAGCGCUUACAGGAAAUAAAAACAAACACAGAGGACAAAACCUAACUAAACUGUCAGUGACAAAUUUGACACAUUUAUUAAAAAAACAAAACUUCUAUCGAUAUUUGCAGUUGCGGCAUUUUGUUAAUAUGAAGGUGAAAAAUGUAACAAAGACCAGCAUAUGUUUAAUUGAACUGUUUACAAAAGUUUACAAUUCAGAAACUAUUGAUAGAAGUGUUUCAUGCUUGUAUAAGAAAUCAUAUUCAACUUUAUAUAUUAAAACAAAAUGGGAGAAGAAAGGAGGGAUAACUAUAUCUGAGGAAGAAUGGACAAUAAAAAGGAGAUAUCAAUGGACUUGUAGCAGCUCACCCAAGUGGAGAGUUUGGCUGGGAAAGUUUUAUUCCACCUUCUCAGAAGUCUCAGUAUGAUAACAACUCCCCUGCCUGUUGGACAAAUUGUGGGAAUCUAAAGGCAAACCACUAGCAUGUUUUCUGGGACUGCUCUGCCAUAAAGGACUAUUGGAAAGAGAUACACCAAGCUCUACAGGAUAUUUUCAAAUCACCCCUUGAAAGUAACAUUCUGUUUUUCACACAUCGCACCUCAGGAUUGGCUGAAAAAAGAGAAAUACUUCAUGAAUAUCCUACUA